AUUAAUAACCAAGAGAAGGCGACCGAGCGACAGCAAUGCCCGUACAAUCCCCCAUCGAGAUCAGCAACCGUGCCAUCGAGCACAUCGACGAUGUCGAUCCGCUGGAGUACCACGGCCACUGGGAGCCGGUGGGCGUGGCGCGGGUGCAGAACACCGGCACCUCGGCCAUGGUCACGUUCAGCAAGCGCAAGCAGCAGCCGUACAUUAUCGGCGGUGCCUUGGACACGGACAUGUAUGUGUUCGAGCAGCUGCACUUCCACUGGUCGGACUGCGAUGAAUCCGGCUGCGAGCACACGCUGGAGGGCAUGAAGUACUCGAUGGAGGCGCAUGCCGUUCACUACAAUGCCAAGUACAAGGACUUCGCGGAGGCCAAGAACAAACCGGACGGCCUGGCCGUCGUCGCCUUCUUCAUUCAGGCCUGCGGCGAGAAGGACUGUCCGGAGUUCAAGAAGAUCACCGAGGGCAUCCGCAUCGUUCAGAAGAUCCACACGAGUGCGUCGCUGGAUUCCGAUUGCCUAUCGUGGAUUGGUCUGCAGGAGCUGAGCAAACAUUAUUACACGUACAAGGGUUCGCUGACCACGGCGCCGUACUUCGAGAGUGUCACCUGGAUCAUCUACCGCACCCCCAUUUACGUGUCGCGCGGUCAGGUUCAGGUGUUUCGCAAUUUGCAAUCGUGUCCCAAAGAUGAGUCCAAAAAGAUAGUCAACAAUUAUCGCGAGAUCCAGCGGCCGCACAAGGACCCGGAGAUCUUCUUCGCCCGCAACACCAAUCCGAAUCCAAAGUCCAAGUUAUGAUGUGCUUGCCAUGCGAUAAAAUCUACGAUCUAACCAGCUGCACUCCCAACUUUCCCCCCCUUCCCAUCCAAUCAAUCGCCUGUGAAAAGUGAAUCCUAACUAAACUAUUUCUAUAUGUACGCCUAUAUCUUUGUCUAUGGUUGUCUGUAAGCUGCUUUUGUUAUUUGCCUCAUGUACAUAGCGUUAUAUACCUAACAAACAUACAUAUACAUAUAUAUAAUAUACUAUAUAUACGGAGUAAUUACGAUACGGUUACGUGUAUGGAAUCAUUUUAGUCGGAACACGCGGUUGCCUUGCAUUGAAUAUUUCAGAGAAAUAUCGGGCACAACUACUUAAGACAUCUAAAAGAGACGUAAUCCUAACGUUUAAGUUAAUUAGUUAAACAGUGAAAGCGAGAAAUCGAGAAAAGCAAAAGCAAACCAACACACACACAUUUUGUAUGUCCCAACUGAAUUUAUUAAAUAUCUAAUUAAACAUGUAAAAAGGUGUAUACUGUAUCAAAAAACAUA